CGUCCGUCUCACAAGCACACUAGUGCUCCUAUUGAGUACGCGACGCAGUGCAGUGGUGUGAACACGGUAUUAAAAAGUCCUAAAAGUCCUUCAGUUUUAGGGUUUUUUAGGAUCGACAUAAUUCAAACACCCGACCCGUUAAUUCGGUUCACGCUUUUAGAGUAAGGGUUCUGAACACUUGAAAUGUACGAAAUCAAAAACUCAUUUGCUAUCGACACGAAGUGAAGGAAGGAUAAGUGACUCGAGAUGAGGGUCGGUACAGCCCUUACUAUAUACAUGUUAGGGCUGGUGCGGGAAGGCCUGGGACGCUACAAGUACUGGAAGCCGGCGUCUGCAGACCUUGUCCGGUUAUUCACUUUUAGUGGUCAAAACAGCUCUGGUGUUCUUACGUCCCAAAUGCGAUGCUGGAACUGGGCCACUGCAAAGGACUGGACUUUCCUGGCCUGUUACAUCCCUCUCACCGACGGCUCAGGAAACUGCUCACUAUGGGACGACAAGCCCAUCAAGAAUGGACUGGUUAACCUAACGAUCACCCCAGGAACAAACAACUGCAUGGCUGUCUUCAAAACUGACGUCUGCGUGCUGCCGGGAAAUUCGCUCAUGAAGGUUGGGGAGAUGAAGAACAACUCGUUUUGUCCAAAUGUGAAGGACGUUUGCCUGCCCAGUGGGAUGAUGGACGUGAAGAGAGCAGCAGCGCCUCAGAGCUGCCCUGCACCCUUCAAUGUCUCCGGUGACUUGUGUCUGAUGACGACGCCCGUGGUGCCCGUGGUGGUUAGACUUAGGUGGUGUGAUGCACGCGGAUUCUGCCUGAAGAAUGGAGCAGACCUCGCCACUGUGCGCACCGACCAAGAAUUCCAGCAGUUGCAAGCGUUCUUUGUUGCCUUUGGACGGACAAGCUCUCCCAUAUGGUUAGGCAGCUACAAGACCGCUGAUGGACAGUGGGUGUGGCUCAACAGCUACAGGAACCCGUACACCAAGCCAGACUGGUACCCCGGACGGCCUGGCGCUGGCCAAUGCGGACAUUUCAACACGUCUACUGCGCUGCUAGCCGACUCACCCUGCACCACGUCUAACAGCGUUCUGUGCAGGGCAAUGGUGGCUCCGUAGAGGCGGUGAUCCAUCGUGUACUGGGACUGCUUCGUCCGAAACAUGUACUAAGGAUAUGGGUACUAACUAUAUAGUGCUGGCAUUGGGCCUGCAGUGAUUUUAGUGAAGCGGUCUUGUUUGAAAAAUUCUGAAUAUUUCACGAACAUCAUCCUACACAAAACUAUAUAACUGCACCGAUAAUAAAAACGGUUCACUAGUUUGCACGUGCAAAAAAUUCGGUCUGUGAAUAGACUGAGAUUUUCAUUAGAUCGCAAUCUUGAUACAAUUUUGAAAGAAAUAUUAUUCAUAUAUAAACUUGCACUGCCUGAACUGAAGCAUGCAAACAUUAAUGAAUUGUUUGUUCUUGAAGCAUACAGAAAUUUCUAGUAUUACUUACGAGCGCUAAUUUUUUUCA